UCUCUCUCUCACGAAGCUAAAGCCAAUAGUACUUAUAGCCACCCUUCACUCUUCCAAAAACGCUCCUUCACUCUCAUCAUAUCAUUCUUUCUUUCUUCACUUUCAUAACAUUUCCACAAAACACAAACACUAAACCCACCUGAACCAUAUUCUCCAGUCUCUACAAUUAAUCACUAAUGGCACGACCACAACAACGUUUCCGAGGCGUUAGACAGAGGCAUUGGGGCUCAUGGGUCUCCGAAAUUCGUCACCCUCUCUUGAAAACAAGAAUCUGGUUAGGGACAUUUGAGACGGCUGAGGAUGCGGCUAGGGCUUAUGAUGAGGCGGCGAGGCUAAUGUGUGGCCCAAGAGCACGUACCAAUUUCCCUUACAACCCUAACGCCGUUCCUACUUCCUCUUCCAAGCUUCUCUCCGCCACUCUCACAGCCAAACUCCACAAAUGCUACAUGGCUUCUCUUCAGAUGACCAAACAAACGCAAACUCAAACACAAACGCAGAACGCAAGAUUACGGCCCGCGGAGACCGAUGGGGACAUCAACUGCGUGAUGGCCAACGUAAAUCAGUUUAACAGGGGAGGAGGAGGAGGAGGAGUAAUGACAGAGACGACUGAGAUCAAGUGGGAAGAUGGAAACACGAAUAUGGAACAGAACUUUAGUCCCUUGGAGGAAGAUCAUAUUGAGCAAAUGAUUGAGGAACUGCUUCACUACGGUUCCAUUGAGCUUUGUUCUGUUUUACCAACUCAGACGAUGUGAGAAACGGCCCUGUCGUUUUAGCGUAUUCUUUUUAUUUUAUUUUACUUCCACAAAACGGCGUCGUUGAGUAGUAGUGAUGAGAGAAGAAGAAGAAGAGAGGACAAAGGCUAAUUUCAAAGACAUUUUGAUCUGAAUUGGCCUCUUUUGAAACACUGAUUCUAGUUUCUAUAAGAGCAAUCGAUCAUAUGCUAUAUUAUGAUGUAAUGUAUAGUAUCUUUUUAUGAUAUAAAAAUUGUUAUCAAGUUCUUUGUC